CGUCUGUCCUCACCACGACGCGCUAACUCCCCGACCGUACGAUGUCCGGGGCUCAAUCUCACGAAAUCCAGGAGGUGACGGACCCCGACGCCGUUGCCUCCGCCGUCGAGGACCUCGAGCACGGCUCCGAUGGCUCCUCCGGUGACGAGGACGCGCAACCGACCGCGUCAACGUCGACCGAUCCUUCUGCCACGACGGGCAAGAAGAACAAGAAAAAGAAGAAGAGCAAGGCCAAGUCGGCGCUGAAUGCGCUGAGGGGGAAGAAGGAGGUGCCGGAGGGGGUCGUGGAUGUCGUGCUGGACAAGGUGAAGGAGCGCGGCGGGGAGGGUGCUGAGCAUGCGAAUGCGGAGAACGUGAGGAUGGCGCUGGAGCAGAUCAAGAUUAUGGAUAUCAUGAAGGGGAAGGUGGGCCUGGGGCAUGCGACGAAGAAGGAUAUGGGCGAUCAUAAGUUCUGGAAAACUCAGCCAGUGACUAAGUAUGGCGAACAGCCCCCCGAAGAGGAUGGACCGAUCGAACCUGCUGUCCCCACCGACCAGGUUCGGCAAACGCCUUACCCCCUCCCGAACGACUUCGAGUGGGCUACUCUAGACUUGGAAGACGAUAAGGAGAAUAAGGAAGUGUAUGACCUCCUGUCGGCGAACUACGUCGAGGACUCGGACGCGUCAUUCCGCUUCCAAUACACCGCAGAGUUCUUGCGAUGGGCAUGCACACCUCCUGGCUUCCACAAGAGCUGGCACAUUGGUGUACGCGUCAAGUCGAACAAGAAGCUGGUCGCGUUCAUUUCUGCAGUCCCAAUACGGCUGCGGGUACGCCAAAAGGAGGUUCAGGCUAGCGAAGUCAAUUACCUUUGCGUGCACAAGAAGUUGCGGUCAAGGCGACUAGCUCCUGUCCUGAUCAAGGAGGUCACCCGACAAUGCAACCUUCUGGGCACCUUCCAGGCUAUCUACACCGGAGGUGUCGUGAUACCCACUCCCGUAUCCACUUGCCGGUACUACCACCGCUCCAUGAACAUCCCCAAGCUUGUCGAUAUCAAGUUCACCUACGUCCCGCGCAACUCGACCAUCGCGCGCAUGACGCGGCUGCACAAGGUCCCUGAGAAGACCUCCCUGGUCGGCCUUCGCGAGAUGGAGGACCGGGACAUCGAGCAGGUCGCGGCGCUGUUCGCCGAAUACAUGAAGCGCUUCCAGAUGGUCCCGUUGAUGACCGUUGAGGAGACGCGGCAUCACUUGCUGAGCGGAAGAGGGGAUGGAGAGGUGGUGAAUGGGCGACGGGAGCACCAGGUGACGUGGAGUUACGUGGUCGAGGACCCGGAGACCCAUAAGAUUACCGACUUCUUCUCAUUCUACUCCCUGCCGUCGACGGUCAUUAACAAUCCCAAGCACGACGUCCUUCACGCGGCGUAUCUCUUCUACUACGCGUCGAGCGCCGGGCUGGAUCCAGAGGCCGACUCGUCAGGGACGCUGAAAAGCCGGUUGCAAGCGCUCGUUGGCGACGCGCUCACCAUCGCGAAUAACGCCAAGUUUGAUGUCUUCAAUGCGCUAACGCUCAUGGACAACUCAACUUUCCUGCAAGAUCUGAAGUUCGGUCAGGGUGAUGGCUUCCUGCACUUCUACCUGUACAACUGGAGGACCGCGCCGUUAGCAGGCGUGGAAGCUAUUGGCGACACUCCAGCCGGGCGCGGUAUCGGUGUAGUCAUGUUGUAGAUAAUCUUGGGUAUAUACCAACUACUUACAAGAACAAACACGCUGCAAACUAGU